AUUUGAAUAAAGGAACAAAAAAGUGCGCGCAAACGUUUGAAAUUGAGCGCGCACUGUUAUCGUUAACAGAGCGUUGCCACUGCGUGAGCAGCUGCAAACAGCUGUUGGCAUAUCGAUAACGAUAAUUUGGUUGUGCGCAUAUUUAGCGACGCGCUAACUUUUCUUUUUAUAAAUUAUUGUGAAAUGGCGGAUGCAAAUACCACCGAAGUGGGUGAAGAAAAUGUGCUGCGCAUUAUGGUGGCCACCGAUAAUCAUUUGGGCUAUGGCGAAAAGGAUGCAGUGCGUGGCGAGGAUAGCUUUACUGCAUUUGAGGAAAUCCUGCAGCUGGCAGUGUCCGAGGGUGUGGACAUGAUACUGCUGGGCGGUGAUUUAUUUCACGACGCUGUGCCCAGUCAGAACUCCAUGUAUAGAUGCAUUGAGCUGCUGCGUCGCUAUACAUUUGGCGAUAAGCCUGUAACGCUGGAAAUACUCAGCGAUCAAACGCAAACAUUUCACAAUGCCAUUAAUCAAACAGUUAACUAUGAGGAUCCCAAUUUGAAUAUAGCUAUACCUGUGUUCUCUAUACAUGGCAAUCAUGAUGAUCCCAGCGGCUUUGGCAGGCUAAGCUCUUUGGAUUUGCUAAGCAGCACUGGCUUGGUUAAUUACUUUGGUCGCUGGACGGAUUUGAACAAGCUGGAGAUUAGUCCGCUGCUUAUGCGCAAGGGCGAGUCCAAGCUGGCGCUUUAUGGCUUAAGUCACAUACAUGAUGCACGUCUAGCGCGUUUGUUCAAGGAUUUUCAAGUAACAAUGAACUGUCCUAGCGAACAGCAGCAAGAUGAGGACUGGUUCAAUUUAAUGGUUGUGCAUCAGAAUCGCGCAGAUCGUGGGCCUAAGAACUAUUUGCCUGAGGAGCUGCUGCCUGCAUUUUUACAUUUGGUUAUAUGGGGACAUGAGCAUGACUGUCGCAUUGAGCCGGAGCGCAAUGCAGCGCGUGAUUUCUUUGUGUCACAGCCAGGCUCUUCGGUGGCCACUUCGCUAGCGCUGGGCGAGUCCAUUAAGAAGCAUGUGGGUCUUUUAGAAAUAUACAAAACAAAGUUCAAGCUUACGCCGCUGCCGCUGCAAACGGUGCGUCCAUUUGUAUUUGAAUCCAUUAAUCUGGACGACUAUGCUGCCGAGCAGUGCUUCAAUGAAGGCGACGCCUCUACCAAGGUUUACAAUUUUGCCAAGCAGCGUGUCGAGUCUAUGCUGCAGCAAGCUAAGCAGCUGCUCACAGGCCAUCCCAAGCAGCCUACAGUGCCGCUCAUACGUCUGCGCCUGCAGUACACCAAUGAGCUUUAUAUGUUCAACACCAUACGCUUUAGUCAAAUGUUUGCUGGGCGUGUAGCCAAUGCCGCCGAUGUGGUCAAGUUUGAAAAAAUGAUUAAGCGCAUUAAAAGCGACAAAAUUAAUGUGGAUAUGGAUGCCAUGCAUCGUGCCAUGAAGGAGGAGAACUCAGCGCGCGUUGAGGAACUUGUGGAUCGUUAUUUCGAUGAAGUCAAGGACAAGCGUCCACUUAAGCUUAUGCACUCCAAGGCGCUUGCUGAGAUUACCUAUCGCAUAGUCGAACGUGAUGACGUCAAUGCAGCAGACAGAAUAUUUAAAUUCUAUAAAGAAAAGGCUGUGGAGCAUUUAAUGGACACGCUGCCGGAUAAUGAUGCCAUUGAUGUGUCGCUGGCCAAUUUUAGGCUGCAAAACAAUCAUGAGGAUUUGCUUAAAAUGCUGGACGCGCGUGGACUUAAGCCUGAACCUGCUGCUGCUGCUGCUUUGAAGCACGAGCUGGAUCUAACAGCUGCAGCUGAAACAGCAACGCGCGGCGCUACACGCGGGCGUGGGCGUGGCAGAGGCCGCGCAGCAGCGAAUGGCACUACAACUAGCAGAGCUAGAAGUGCAGCGACUGCUGCAGCAGAAACAACAACACGCUCGUCAGGCCGACAGCAAACGCUGCUUACUGUUGCCAGCAAAGGACGCAAAGCGCCGCCUUCCUAUGUUAUAUCCGAUGAUUCUGAUUAGUAUAUAUGCCAUAUAUUUAUUGAGUUAUUAAUACUUUAGUCUUGUUUGUUAAGUUACAU